UGUAACAGGUGGGCUUAAUUACUUUUUACAUAAGGCUCCUCCGGAUUAUGUUCGAGUCUCGAAUAAAUACGAAGUGUUAUUCUCUUACUAAAAUCCGCUAUAAUCUUAUAAAUUGAAAAUUAUCAACACCGCAUGCGUCACUUCGUCUCAAGUAAACGUAAACCAUAGGGAAACGCAUGUCAUAACCGGACGCCGGCAAACAACAAAAAUAAACGCAGUAAAACACAAUAAAUAAUAUCUGCGACGGAAGAUGGGUGGAAGGAGUGGAAAAAGCUUUUCACCAAACAAGGCAAAACAUAGUGGGGAAACAUCGCCACCAAAGAAAGGUCAACCGGAGAGUUCAGAUUUCGUUGAAGCAGUUGUCUGCAAUGAGAAUGAAAUCAAGGAUAAUGAAAUGAAAUCAUUGCCUUUGGGCGAAGAUGGUGGUAAGAUUUUACUGAUCAAGCAAGGCGGAGAGCUGCACGCCUUAGGAUGGAAGUGCUCUCAUUAUGGAGCGCCUUUAGCCACUGGCGCCCUGGGUGAGGGUCGAGUAAGAUGUCCGUGGCACGGAGCAUGCUUCAACAUAAAGACUGGUGACAUAGAAGACUAUCCUGGCUUGGACUCUCUACCAUGCUACAAGGUUUCUGUAGAUCAAAAUGGUGGCAUAAGAGUGCGUGCCAAGCGCAAGGAGCUGGAAACAAACAAGCGGACUAAGGAGAUGAGUGCACUGAAGAGUGACAAUCUAUCGACUAUUGUAAUUGCUGGAGGGGGUCCAGCUGCUGCAACUUGCGCCGAAACUUUGCGCCAAGAAGGGUUCACCGGGCGCAUAGUCAUGGUUUGCAAAGAAUCUGCUUUGCCGUAUGACAGACCAAAACUUUCCAAGGCAAUGGAUGUUGAUGUAGAAAAGAUUGCACUCAGGUCCCAAUUCUUUUAUAAUGAACAUAACAUUGAAACUUUGCUUGGUAAAGAAGUUAUAGGAUUGAAUACCAACGAAAAGACCGUUAAGCUAAACACUAAUGAAAAUUUGAGGUAUGAUUAUCUGUUUGUUGCGACGGGAAGCAAACCAAAGUUACCUGAUCUGCCUGGCAUCGAUCUAGCAAACAUUUUCGUUGUACGGAAUUAUGUAGACAGUGCUGCAAUUUUCGCGCAACUUUCUCCUGAGAAACAUGUCGUGCUGCUGGGACUUGGUUUCAUAGGCAUGGAAGCAGCUGCCUAUUGCGUUGGCAAGUGUGCUUCGGUUACAGUCGUCGGUCGCGCUACCGCGCCUUUCAAAGCUGUUUUUGGACAAGAAAUUGGUGACAGAAUUAAAAGAGAAUUUGAAGCUAAAGGUGUACGCUUCAUCUUGGAGAACGGCAUUGCUCGUUUCUUGUCAAACAAUGGUGGUUCUUCUCUUCAACAAGUUGAGUUACUGGACGGGACAUUCCUCGAAUGCGAUAUUGCUAUUCUGGGAGUCGGUUCUACACUCAAUACAGAAUGGCUAAAGGAGACGCAGUUGCAACGGCUUGCAGACGGUAGCAUAGUCACGGACAGGUUCCUCAAAACAAACGUGGACAAUGUAUAUGCCGGUGGUGACGUUGCAUAUGCUCCUGUAUAUAGUUCUGGAAAUAUGCCAGCAGCAAUAGGACAUUACGGCCUAGCUCACUACCACGGAAAAAUUGCUGCUUUGAAUAUAGCGGGCAAAGAAACACCUUUGAAAGUAGUGCCCUUCUUCUGGACCAUGCUAUUCGGUCGAAGUUACAGAUAUGCAGGAUUUGGCAGACCAACUGGGGUAAAAAUUGUUGGAUCUCUUGAGGACUUCAAGUUCUUUGCAUACUAUUUCAAGGAUGGCAAAGUCAUUUCAAUGAGUAGUUCGGGAAGAGAUCCCAUUGUGGCAGAUUUUGCCAAUUUGCUGUACGAAGGAAGGCAGUUGACUCAAGAAGAAGUGGAAAGAGAUCCACUGGGUUGGAUGCCCCACAAACCACAAGACUUGAUUCCAGCAGUCUCUACACCAGACAUUAAGUCGAAAGGGUUGGGUACUGGAAAUAUGUCGAGGAGAGAUUACCACACGUACGCAAUAGUACCUCUUAAACUGUAUACAAUUGAAAACUGUAUAAAACGUGCACAAUACUGUAAAAAAAUCAGUAAUUACUCAAGGUGUUUGCGUUUUGUUAAGAGUUUUGUUCGUUAGUACACUUGUGAUAGAUGCAAGGUGCGGAUUGCAUUUCAAUUGUUAGUGCGUUUCAAAAGUUUUAUAAUUUUAACAGUUUUGUGAUAUAUUAAUGCAACGCAACCAACUAGUAGAUCACUUCGAAGGUUCUUGUAUACGAAAAUAUAUUUAUCUUAUAUACAAACUAUUUUAAAACACACAUACUUUCCAAUUGUUAUCAGAGCAUUUGUAAUAUCAGUGAAUUAAAAUAGGAUCAUUUGCAUAUGGAAAUCGUUAUAAUUUCUUUCAGUUAACCUUGAAAGAACUGAUGUCAAAUGAGGCAUCAAGAAGUGCUACUUUGUUCAUUAACUAGAUACCUUUUGUAGUAUCAGUCUGGGUCUUUUGCAGGAUUUUAAAGCUUUCUUGUGUACUUUUAAAACAAAAUGGCAGUAUCCCAAUUGUCCAAGUAUGUAUAGAUCAAGUAAAAAUAUCCUUGAUUGUGCCAUUUACAGUGAGGUAAAACGCUACGUGAAAUCAACAUUAAAGGUCUUAGAAGAAUAAUGAAGGGGUUUGAAAAGUCUAGCAAAAUAACGAUACAUGGUAAUAUUUCCAAUGACGGAACGAUGUAUUAAUUGAAGUAUCUUUAUCUCAUAAUUGUUUAUAUGUAUGUACAUUUGUUGUAUAAUUUAAACAAAUAAAGAAUUGUCCAUUAUUAAUCUA